AUGCCUCGAACAAACGGAGUAGAACGAUCGCAUGGCACUUUUGGACAUGGAUCCGGGAAUGGAGGUGGUUUGGGACGUGGGAAUCUCAGUCCUGAAGAACAGUCGCCUCGGGCAUCUCAGGAGUCGGUGGGAAUAAUAUCUUGGCAGAAUGGAACUAUUCCGAAGAUUCGAAUCCGAAUCCCUAGUAAUACCCGCCAGAAGCUUGCUAGAGUCAUUAAUAAGACGCUUCCGGCAUUUAUUAUCAAUGGACUUAAUGAGGUUAAUAUCAGUGGUUUACCUAAUGAUCAUUCUUCUGGCCUUUCAAGUGGGUUUUCUAAUGUAUUUGAUAAUGGGCAGGGUCAUGGACAUGGUCGUGGUAACCACAACAACAAUCUGGAAUCCGACAGAACUUUCAGCACUCAGUCUGCUUCGCAUCUUCAUACCGGUGGGUUUGCUAACACAUCUUCCCGGUCUGUUAAUUCGGAUCAUGUGAUAUUAGAAGGUCUGGCUGUGCCGAGCUCGUCUCAUCAUUCACUUCAUCAUGCGAGGUCCACGCUGUCGUUUGAAUCGGUUCCGUCGAUGAUGUCUAGGGCGUCGCAGCGGUCACAACGAUCACAACCGGUGUAUGAUAUCCAAGGGUCUGCUGUCAAUGUUAAUCCCAGUGGUAAUGCCAAUGUCAGUGGUAAUGUUAAUAGUUCUAUUCAUGGUUUUGGUGUUGGAACCAGUGGUAAUAAUACUGGUUCUGGUAGUGGAAGUGGUAACGGUUCGAUGGGUGCUCCUAUAACUAGAUACUAUUCAUGGACCUCGACUCAUUCCGGAAUUCCUUCUCCGAUACAUAACAUUACGAUAAGAAGCGUUUCUGCUUCGUGUGGAGGUGUACCAAAGCUACAAUCUGAUAGGGAUAGUACUAAGAGCACUACUUUUGGAGAAACCGAGUCGGGAAUCGCGUUUCUAUAUGAAGGACAGCAAUCUAUAGCGUCGUCUCAAGAUGAUGACCGCUAUGAUCCUGUAAAACAUUUGCCGGCGGAAAUCGUGGCUCAAGUGUUUCGUAACUUGGAUGUAGAAUCAAUCAACACUUGCCGGCUUCUUUCACGAACUUGGAAACAUGCUGUUGAAUCGGACAGUGUGUGGAGACAGAAAUUCUAUGCCAAUGGUUGGGAAGCUACCAGUGAUGUCCUUGAACCUGGGUUAUAUUGGGAGCAACUAUUCCGGACUCGCUAUAUAUUAGAACAACGAUGGCUCAAAGGAGCAGUGUCACCAAAGGUACUUGCUGGUCAUGCUGAUGGAGUGUACUGCGUACAUAUGGACAAUGAAAAGAUAGUCACCGGAUCCCGAGACAGGAUGAUUAAGAUAUGGGAUCUUGAAACGGGUAAACUGUUGCAGACUCUCGGAGGUGAGGGUCAAAACAACAUUGUAAGACGGACAAGAAGAAGCUUACCUUUGAAUGAAGCACAAGAUAGAGGAGCUGGUGAUCAUCCUGCUACAAUACAGCAUACCGGGUCUAUUUUGUGUCUUGCUUUAGAUGACAGUAUUAUGGUGUCAGGAUCGAGUGACUCGUCUUGUAUCAUUUGGCAGUUGCCAAAAUUUAAACCUCUGAAACAGGUAUACCGUCAUUCAGACGGCGUGCUCGACGUGUGUCUAAGCAAGGACUAUAUUGUUUCAUGCUCGAAAGAUGCUACCAUCUCUAUCUGGGAUAGAAACGAUCCAAAUUACACAUUGAAAUAUAGGUUACACGGCCACCGAGGACCGGUCAAUGCAAUUGAUUUACGUGGUGAUUAUUUAUUCAGUGCAAGUGGAGACGGAUUUAUCAAGAUGUGGAGCGUGUCAACAGGCACAUGGAUUCGUGAUUUUCAAGCCCAUUCGAAAGGACUUGCAUGUGUUCAAGCGUCAGAUGAUUGCAAAACCAUUGUUAGUGGCGGCACUGACAAUGUUAUUAGACUGUGGGAUGUGGAAACAAGCCAGUGUGUGCGCACCCUGACUGGACAUAAAGGGCUCGUGCGGUCCCUAUAUAUCUUGGGUGACAAAAUCAUAUCAGGAUCAUAUGAUCAGUCUAUUCAUAUCUGGGAUAUUAACACUGGCAAGCUACUCACAAAUCUGAGUGGUUGGCAUGGCAGCUGGAUAUUUAGUGCCAAAGCUGAUUGUAAACGCAUUGUAUCCACAUCAUUCGGCACCAAACCGGUCAUUUUAGAUUUUUCAUACGGGCUCGAUAAACGGUAUCUAAAGUGCAUUCAAAAAUAG